CUGAAUACUCACUUUACCUUCAGCUGAAUUGUAAAAUAGGCACAGGAUAUACCAUGCAGUAUCAAACCUGUACACUUUGCCACAUCAUCCUAAUGUUAUCAUCACUUAUUCCUAAAGGUACUUAUGGAAUUACAAUAUACCAAACCCCAUCAGUUGCAAGCAAUGAGGGAGGCAGUGUUAUAAUGAACUGUACUUUAUCAGAAGAAAGUCUUGGUCCCGUUCAGUGGUACAAAGGAAUAAAACAAGAGACACUAUUCUAUUCACAGAUGCAAAAUGAAACAUCAGGUGCACGAGUGAAGCUAGCAGGAGAAGAACGAAAAAGGAAUAUUGAUCUUUCCAUCACAAUUACAACUGUUACCUUGGAAGAUGCUGAUAUAUAUUACUGUAUAAAAUUUAAAUCAGACAAACAAUCUAGGGCAGCAGUGGGAUCAGGGACUCAACUUUAUGUGAACAGAAAACCUUCUUCUCCAUCAGUUUCUGGACCAGCUGAAAAAGUUAUCCUUAAUUCACGGGUGACAGUAAAGUGCACAUCUAGAGGAUUCUCUCCACCAGAGAUUAACAUUACAUGGUUUCAGAAAGAGACAAUGCUUACAAAAUCCAGUCCGAAUGUUACUUCAAAUGAUGGAAACAGGACAUAUAAUGCAGAAAGUAAUAUCACACUUCUAGCUCAUAUCAACUCACCUGUUACCUGCAGAAUUAGUCAUGCAGCAUUAGAGCAGCCUCUGAAUGCAGUCUUCAAUUUUAAUGAUAUAUUGAAAGCCAUUCCUUCUACUCCGGUGAUUUCAUACACCAAGAAAGAGAAUGCAGUGAUGUUAAAUUGCACUUCACUGCGUUUCUACCCUAAAAAUAUUAGAAUUCAAUGGGCCAAAGAUGGGAAGCAGAUUAAAGAAUUACCAGAAAACAAUAUUUCUGAAACAACAGGAGGAACCUUUAAAAUAACAAGCAUCAUUAAGUUUGCAGUCACAAAGGCUAAUAUUAGUUCUUCUAUAACCUGUCAAAUAGUACAUCUGACAGGAAACUCAACAUCAGAACAGUUACAUCUGAAAGAUGUUAUUUCAGUGAGUCCAUCCCUUCCAGUAAUUACUGGUCCUAGCACUAGAAUGACGUAUAUGAAAAUUAUUAAUUUGACUUGUAGCUCUUCGGGAUUUUACCCACAGAAUAUUACUCUGAAAUGGUUUAUCAAUGACUUGCAGAAGAAUGAGAAAGUCUUUCAUGUGAUCAAAGAACAUGAAGAUGGAACUUAUAAUGUGACAAGUACAAUUGAAAUUCAGUCAGACAAACAAUAUAUCAACUCUGUGUUAACCUGCCAGAUAAUCCACUUAUCUCAAACCUUAACAUCCAGUACUUACAAUCUCAGUGAUGUCAUUACUGUUUCUCCUACCAUGAUUUCUGAACCAUGUAAUAUGACACUAAAUGCAACAGUAAGCCUUGCCUGCAAAGCAACACAGUUUUAUCCUCCAUUUAUUCGGAUUAUUUGGUUAGAGAAUGAGACUGAAUUGUUUAAUGGUUCCAGCCAAGGGCUGUUCCUAAGCAAGGAUGGGACAUACACUACUGUGAGAUACUUAAGCAUAAAGUACACAGAGGAAAAGGUUUACUCUGUUUUCAGAUGUCAAGCUGAACAUGAGUCAAUUCUCUUUAACAGCACUACUUGUGAUUUAUUGAAAUUUAAAGAUAAAAAGGACCCAGUUAAGAGACUAUCCCGUAUUGACCUACCAAAGAUGGCUAAACACAUCACCAUGGUUUCUAGUGAUUUUUUUCUUAAAGAGCAUUAUGCCUUUUUCUGUCAUAAAAAUGUCUUUUGGGAAUACAAUCCAGGUCAUUUCCUUUAA